ACUGUCAGCCGGACACUCGGAACUUUCCCAAGACACACAUUUAUUCCUGAAGCUGGAGGCUCGAGAAACAAACAGCCGCCCGCCCGCCUCUCUCUCUCUGUCUCUCUCUCCGGUGAUUAAACGGCCUGGCGGGGAGACAGCUGACCGGCGCGGCUCUCUGGAUGGAGCGAGGCCCUGGACAACAGGACUGGACAUUCCAUGUCUUAUAAACCUGCAUUUCUUCAGUAAGCGUGAGGAAAGAAAAACACACUCCACUGGGACAGUCAAAAGGAAUGGGAUUUUUUUCCUCCUUCAUUAAUAAUAAGAGACUUCACCCUGUCACUGGGAUUAAGAGGAAAACACCAGCUUUACACUUCCAGCUCCACUCAUCUCACUGUUUACAGCUUGUUUAUUCACUUUACUGACCACAAAACUCAUCACAAGUGAGUGCUGAUGAAAUGGACAAAUGAGCACUUUGCACAAAUUACUGCUUUCUGCAACUUGAUGCUUAAUCAUAACACUGAGGAAAUCUUUUAUCACCAGUCGCAGCACUAUUAAGAGCAAUCCUGAUCCUAAAAUCUGAUUUUAGUCUGAACAGAGGCAGAAGUAGCACUGAAAAGACAGACAGUACCAGAGCUGAACCCUUUUUUGCAUUUUUGCAUUGCUUUUUUUGCAUAAACAUAUGAUCUUGCACUGGAUAUAGACUGAAAUAACAGUACAGACUGUCUGAAUGAAAUGUAAAGGUUGCCAACCUGUGAUUAUACACAUAUGAGCGGGUGGAUUAGAACUGGAAUUACCUGGAUCAAACUGGAAAUUUGAAAUCAACUGGAGAAACACUUGUAUGUUUGUUUUUUAUUAUUAUAAUGCUUCAGCCAAAGCUUCUUCCAUUUUAAUGUGAAACAACUGUCGUCACUGAAGAGGGCCAGAGAGCUGCGAGGGAGCGGUCAGGUUUGACGUUUGUUUAUCUUGGACACCUUCACUGGGACAGAGCAGCAGAAUGGCAGGGAAAGACUACAACCAUCUCUUCAAACUGCUCAUCAUUGGAGACUCCAAUGUUGGGAAGAGCAGUCUACUGCUACGAUUUGCAGACAACUCCUUUUCUGGAAGCUAUAUAACCACUAUUGGGGUGGACUUUAAAAUUCGGACAGUAGACAUUGAUGGAGAGAGAGUUAAACUUCAAAUCUGGGACACAGCCGGCCAGGAGAGAUUCAGAACCAUCACUUCCACGUAUUACCGAAACACCCAUGGGGUCAUUAUUGUGUACGAUGUAACGAAUCCUGAAUCGUUUGUGAACGUUAAACGAUGGUUGAACGAGAUCUCCCAGAACUGCGACAGUGUCUGUAAAAUUUUAGUUGGGAACAAGAACGAUGACCCUUCCAAGAAGCAAGUGGACACCCAGGAUGCAAUGCGGUUUGGGGAAUCAGUAGGAGUCAGAGUAUUCGAGACCAGCGCUAAAGAGAAUAUCAAUGUAGAAGAGAUGUUCAUGGCCUUCACUCACAUGGUCCUAAGGGCCAAGAAACAGAGCCAGAGUAGAGCGGAAAAAGAGCGAGAGAGAGAGAAGGACACGGUUCACAUCAACUCUCACAGGGACCGCGACAGAAGAAAGAGAGGGAAGAAAUGCUGUUGAGAAAGUCCACAGUGCGAGAGAGAGUGAGAGAAUGAGAGAGUGAGAGAGAGAGAAGAGUACAUCAACUCCAGUCAGCUGGCACAUUCUGCAGAAAAGAAAAUAUUUUGCUUAUCUUUGCACUGAUAUGGAGAAAACAUGGGAUAGAAAGCCACUAUUAAGUGCCGAAUUUCUUUGUCCUUUUUGUCUGUCUAUGUCAUUUUAUUACUAAGGGAAUUGACCGGUAUUACACACUCAUUAGUCAUCUAAUUAAGGGAAGACACUAACAGACUUGAAACCGAAGUGUUUUGCUGUGGUUAGUCAAUGAAAUACAUGUUUCAUGUCAAGUAAAAAAGUGUUGAUGAGCCAAGUCAUGUGUCCAAAUUAAUAAAUAGCAAUAAAAUAAUAAAAAAACAACUUUUAAAACA